AUGCUCUUCUCAAUCUCACCUUAACCUCCAUUUCAAAUUCAUCAUAGAAAACAAACUACUUUUCAAGUUAUCAAUAUGGUUGAUCAUCCAAUCCUUUUUAGAUUCAAAAAUGAUAAUCUUCUAAGAAUAAUGCCUUCUUAUGGUAUGAUUGCUCCCAACGAAAGGAAAUUAAUUUCUGUUACCAAUAAAACUAGUCAAUUUGAUAUUGAUGUUUUAUUAGAAGCUAUUAAUUAUGUUGAAGAAUAUCUUGAUAUGCUUGAGUAUUCCAACCCACAAUUAUGGGUUGAAAAAUAACCUGGUGUAUUAUCAACUCAAAUAUGUUCUAUAAGAAUGAACAUCAAUACAGAUUCAUCUAGCACCUAGUAAUCAGAUAAAAAACAAACUUUUGAAGAAGUUAUGAAAUAAGAACCUAUGCAAUUACAAAGAUCAUAACACACUUUUAGUCGGUUAUAAGAAUAAAUUGUUCAUAAAAAUAGUCUUGAUGGUUAAGAAAGUAGAACUUCAAAUAUAUUUAAUAAUAAUCCAAGUAUAAGUCCCAUACUGUAGGAUGCAAGCAGAUUAAGUGCUAAUAUGAGUAGAGAUGUAAAAUAACCGACCUUUUUUACAGAAGCUUAUGAGAUACCUCAAGAGCCUAUUGAAAAAUUCUAAGAUAAAAUGGAUCCUGAAUAAAGUUAUAAUAAUGAACCUUAUGAAUCUGGUAAUUUUAGAUGCAAUGAUGAAGAACGAUCAAAUCAUGAAGUAUCAGGAAUACGAUCUUAAACUUCUAUUAUGAAAGUUGAAUAAGCGUAAUUAAUUUCUACUUUAAAAUAAAAAGAACAAUAGAUUCUCAAGUAAAUUGAUUAAAUCAAGACAAGCAAAGAUUAGUUGAAUGAUGAAUUAGAAAAAUUAAAAUUUAAAGCAAUGUUCAAAAAUAAAGAUAACAAUAAAUGUAAGACAAUUAUAAUUAUUUAUAGAGGAUUAAUAAAUAUUAAUUGGACAUCUAUUAAUCGUUAGUGUUAUAUGUCUAAUUUUAGGAGCAUUGUUAAAAAAGAUUUAAUAACUUUUUUNGAGCUGCGUAUGUACAUGCAGCUUCAGAUGUAGCUUAAUCUGCAAUUGGUCUAGUGUCUUUUGCUGCUUUGGCCAUUUGAUUUUUUAAAAUAUUAAUUAAAAAAAGAUAUACAAAUUAAUGCUCUUCUCAAUCUCACCUUAACCUCCAUUUCAAAUUCAUCAUAGAAAACAAACUACUUUUCAAGUUAUCAAUAUGGUUGAUCAUCCAAUCCUUUUUAGAUUCAAAAAUGAUAAUCUUCUAAGAAUAAUGCCUUCUUAUGGUAUGAUUGCUCCCAACGAAAGGAAAUUAAUUUCUGUUACCAAUAAAACUAGUCAAUUUGAUAUUGAUGUUUUAUUAGAAGCUAUUAAUUAUGUUGAAGAAUAUCUUGAUAUGCUUGAGUAUUCCAACCCACAAUUAUGGGUUGAAAAAUAACCUGGUGUAUUAUCAACUCAAAUAUGUUCUAUAAGAAUGAACAUCAAUACAGAUUCAUCUAGCACCUAGUAAUCAGAUAAAAAACAAACUUUUGAAGAAGUUAUGAAAUAAGAACCUAUGCAAUUACAAAGAUCAUAACACACUUUUAGUCGGUUAUAAGAAUAAAUUGUUCAUAAAAAUAGUCUUGAUGGUUAAGAAAGUAGAACUUCAAAUAUAUUUAAUAAUAAUCCAAGUAUAAGUCCCAUACUGUAGGAUGCAAGCAGAUUAAGUGCUAAUAUGAGUAGAGAUGUAAAAUAACCGACCUUUUUUACAGAAGCUUAUGAGAUACCUCAAGAGCCUAUUGAAAAAUUCUAAGAUAAAAUGGAUCCUGAAUAAAGUUAUAAUAAUGAACCUUAUGAAUCUGGUAAUUUUAGAUGCAAUGAUGAAGAACGAUCAAAUCAUGAAGUAUCAGGAAUACGAUCUUAAACUUCUAUUAUGAAAGUUGAAUAAGCGUAAUUAAUUUCUACUUUAAAAUAAAAAGAACAAUAGAUUCUCAAGUAAAUUGAUUAAAUCAAGACAAGCAAAGAUUAGUUGAAUGAUGAAUUAGAAAAAUUAAAAUUUAAAGCAAUGUUCAAAAAUAAAGAUAACAAUAAAUGUAAGACAAUUAUAAUUAUUUAUAGAGGAUUAAUAAAUAUUAAUUGGACAUCUAUUAAUCGUUAGUGUUAUAUGUCUAAUUUUAGGAGCAUUGUUAAAAAAGAUUUAAUAACUUUUUUGA